AUGGAACAUCAAUCUGAAGACUCGCAUACUAUGUUCUCAAAGCGAUUGGAGGCUAUGGAGCUCUUGCUCGCGCGACUUCCAGGAGUAGCUCCUCCAAUCACCAAAAGUGCUCCUAAUUGCUAUGCAGACACUCCCUUCACGGAUGCCAUCGCUUUGGUUGAGAUGCCAAAGAAGUUCAUCGUCCCUUCAAUGAAGAUGUACGACGGGACGACCGACCCUGAUAAUCAUAUAGCCCAGUACAAGCAACGCAUGUUCACAACGGCAAUAGCAAAAGAAUAUCGCGAAGCUAGUAUGUGUAAAGGAUUUGGAUCUAGCCUCACGGGACCAGCUCUUCAGUGGUUUACGAACCUACCGAACGCGUCAAUCGACUCGUUCGCGUCAUUGACAGACCGCUUUGUUGAGCAAUUCGCGAGCAGCAGGAACAUAGAAAGGACAGCCGACGAUCUCUAUGAAGUGAUACAGAAGAGAGGAGAACCGUUGCGCGAUUACGUAGGUCGCUUCAACAAAGAGAAAGUAUCCAUUCCGGCAUGUGUCACGUCCACUGCCAUCUCUGCAUUCAAAAGAGGAUUGCUCCCAGACAGUGAUUUGUACAAGGAACUGACGAAGUACCAGUGCAGAACGAUGGAAGAUGUGCUAUCUAGAGCAUGGGCUCAAAUAAGGUGGGAGGAAGACCCUGCAUAUCGACACCUACUUUCCCCACGAUCUGAUUCGCGUGUUGUUAGGAACGAGCGUCCCUCUCGAGAUGACAGACCGUACCAGAGACCACGCAGUGAAAGCACUAGCAAGAGAAGCGACAGCAGAAGCGACCAUCGACCACUCAACCAAAUUGAGAGCGACCAACGCUCAUCAUCCACAUGGCCAGACAUGAGUAACCUCGCAAUAUCUCCUGCAGAACUAGUCAAUGUUCUUAAUCAUAUAUCUGGAGUAAGAUGGCCUCAAAAGAUGAAAGCACCAGGGGAACGAAGAGACACAUCAAAGUGGUGCGACUUUCACUCUGACCAUGGUCAUAGAACAGAAGAUUGCAUCACGUUGAGAAUGGAAGUAAACGAGCUACUAAAAAAAGGUCACUUGAGAGAACACUUGUCCGACAGGGCUAGAGUCGCAUCGACGACAGAAGCAAUGACGAGAAUAGCUAGAACUCAUCAUGGAGAUGUCAAAGCUAUAUGCGAGCGACUGUCGAAGUGCACGAUUAGCUUUGCUUCAGAUGAAGAUAAGUGUGUCCUAGCUCCACAUCAUGAUGCAUUAGUCAUAUCUUUGACAAUCGCUAAUAGUCUGAUGAAAAGGACACUCGUUGAUAAUGGGAGUUCGACCAACAUUCUCUUCAUGGAUGCUUACAAAGGAUUAGGGCUGGAUGAGAAUGCACUGACGCGAAAAUCCACACCACUGGUAGGAUUUAGCGGUGAAGUAAAGCAGACCAUAGGAGAAGUGACGCUGCCUGUGUAUGCAGGAGGAAUUAACCGACAGACAAAGUUUCUGAUACUAGAUUGUGCUACUGCGUACAACGCAAUUAUGGGACGUCCCUGGAUUCAUGACAUGGGGGCAGUGCCAUCGACACUCCAUCAAACCAUAAAAUUUCCUACUCCAUGGGGAGUCAAAGAGAUCAAGGGAGAACAAGAGCAUGCACGUUCAUGCUACCAAACUACCCUAAAAGGGAAAGGUCAUGAGCUAUAUCAACUAGAGAUCCAAUCGUCGAUUCCACAUACCAAAGAAGCAGAGGUGGAACAACUCUGUGAGAUCCACUGA